AGCGGCGGGGCCGAGGGACGCGGCUCCUGCCGCGGCGCCGCGCUCCGGGCCGCCCGGGCUUUGCGACAACCGCCGUAAAGCGCCAGGCGCCGGCAGCCAUGGCGGCGGUCAGGGCGCUGAGGGCUGGCGGGUUCCGCCGCCGCCGCCUCCUCUCCUUCUCCUCAGCCAGCGGCGGCCCCAUGGCUGAGCGCGGGGAGCGGCAGGAGAGCGCGGGCCUGGGUUUCAGCCCCCCCGCACACUCCUGUAACGACUGGAUCGGCCCCCCCGACAAGCACUCCAACCUGCGCCCCGUCAUCUUCUACGUGCCCCCCGAGGAGUCGGCCCUGGAGCGGCGGCUGCGGGAGGCUCGGCAGGAGGCCCAGGCCUGUGACCAGCGCUUCUGGGCGCGCCACAACCGCGCCUUCCGCCAGGAAAAAGAAGAAUUUAUUUAUUCAAGACUGAAAGCCAAGGGUCUGGAAAUGAGAGAUGAAACAGGUCAAAAAGCAACACUGAAUGCAGAAGAAAUGGCUGACUUUUACAAGGACUUUCUAAGUAAAAAUUCUAGAAAGCAUAUGCAGUAUAACAGGGAAGGGCAUGGUGAUGUUGCUUCCUGGUGCAUGCAGGCCCUCAUCCUUAGGGGUGGUCCCAGGAGUGUUGCGACAGGAGCCUGGGCUGGCAGGAGGCGGUGAGCGUGGGCCUGCCGGGGGGCACUCGGCGCGCCGACUCAAGUGGAGGAGCCCUGGUGCUGCUUUGGUGGCCCGUGGCUGGUGUGAGUUUCCAGCAGCCCCUGCUCGGGCCAGUCAGGGAUUGCCGGUAUUCGGCAGUAUUCUGCUCACACCGCUGCCCCCCAAGAACCCACUGAUACGAUUCAGCUGCAGAAUUGGCUGUGCUAACUCUCAUCAGCUGAGCCAAAACACAUUAACAGGCAAAACGGAAGUUUCGGAACUGUAAGAAAUUCAGGUCACUAUUCGUAUCUUAUUAUUAAAGAACCUCCUGUUGACAAAUUUUAGCUCCAUCUUUGUAAUAAAUCCCUGCUAUGAAAAGUUUUUCAUAUGAUAAUCAGCGUGUAGCAUACAUUGCCUGUUCUUAAAGGGUUCCAGAAAAGUUGCAGAUUUUAAUUUCUAGAACGAUUUGAAUAAUUAGAAGUCCAGAGUCUUUGGGAGAGGAAGAGUUGUUUUGCAAAACAGCUUUUGUAGUCAAGGCUAUAUGAGAAGACAAAAUCAAUGAAUUGCAAAUUUCAAAAGAGAUUAAUGGGCUGCCUUGAUUGCUUUCCAAGUGAUUUUAUAAUUCUGGAGUGUCAUAUAGAAAAUAGAUGGUAUGACACAGCAUAAAUACUCUGUAACAAACCAAGUCAAGACAGUUCUGACCGUAGUAGCUGUAGAAACUAUAAAUACUUAGGUAGAUCACUCUUUAUUUGUCCAAAAUUGUAGCAGACUGAAAGAUGAAAUGGAAACUAAAUUCCAGUGAAUACGUAAGAAAAUGUAUCCUGGAUUUACCAAUCUUCUUCUCACAUUUACUGAAAUAAUAUUUCACUUUUAAUGUCAUGUCUGGAAAACCCCCAGUUUCCUCAGGCCUCAUGAAAACUUCCACCAUGAAAACCAAAACAAAAUACUGACAUAUGAGUAAAUAGCCACAGGUGCUAAUUUGUGUCAAAGCAGAAUUCAAGCUCACUUCAAAUUAAAAAUCAGUUCUGAUAUAGGAUAUUAUAGAGCAAUUUUAAUUGACGAGAGAUGCUCAAAAUUAAUUAAUUUGCUGUGUUCCUCUGGUGCUUCUUCCCUGGUGCUGCUUUUGCUGUUGGGAAUAGAGGGGUCUGUUCAGUGCAACACCUGGAGACUUGCUGGGCAUGCUUAACAGUAACCGUGGUGCUGCAACCAUAAAUCUGAUUGCCAUAGGACUGAGUAAAUUAGGCUGAUGCUAGGAGAAUGUGGCUGAAGCAUGCCACUGGACAGGGCAUGUUUCCAUCUUAGGAAGAUUUUUCUCAGGCUUUUGAAUCACAAGGUUCGCACUUUCUCUAAAAGCAGUAAAGCAGCUUAUUACUGGCUUGAGUCUAUAAUUUAUAGGUAUUAUCUAACAGCCACUUAGCACUCAGUGUUCAAUUUCAUAUGUAAUUAACAAUAUAAUUUCAACUUUAUUAUAUGUUUACAUGUAAAUUAGAAAAGCAGUCUUACUUAUUUACAGUAUGAACUUUGGUUUUGGACAUUACCCAACAGAAUUCACAACCAAAAAUUCAAGGAGAAAGAAGAUAAGUGAAGUUAAUGAGAAUGGCAGUAACACAGCAUUCCAGCCUCCUCUGGUUGCAAAAUGAGUGGGAUGGGAAAUGACAAAUGUGUGAACCUUCCUUUAAAGAUAUUCAGAGAGCUUUCUGCAUUGGUGCAUGAUAAACCUGGCAGUAACAUUUUUAUGGUUAUGUAGUUAUAAGGAUAUGGGGCAUGUUAAAUUUCUGCCCACAGUGGAACCAUUUACUGGGUAGAUUUCUGGUCAGUGUUAGACACUGAUGAAGGAAGAUACUAUUAUUCAUCGGCCUAGUGCAUGUGAGUCAUGACAGUUUUCAAACAUAUGGUGAUGGUGCACUCUGCGGUCCUUCAGCAUGUAAUAACAAGUGAAACACUGUGUAGGCAGUACAUUUCACUUUCAUGGCUAAUUUAUAUACAUCAGUUGUUCCCAGCUUUCUCCUAGUGUUUAUUGAGGCAUGUUUCAGUUCCUGUUUACAGUUACAUUACUUUCAAUACAUAGGGUUUGAUAAACUAUGUAAAACUGCACCAUGUAUGUCUUUGAAACAAUUUCAAUGUAUUUCAGCAUUCAUGAAAACGUAAUUAUUAUUUUAAAUGUUAAGGAAUAAUUUUAUGUUAGAAUACAGAGAUUCAAAACCAGAAGUACUGCAUCUGGCACUUUUCAGCAAUUCCCCAGAACUUCCUGGGAGACUGAUGGUAACUGAUGUGACAGUGAACUGCCCCCUGUAAUCAAAACACUUCAAACAGUCCAGGUGUUUUAGGUGAUGCUGCUGUUGUAGAGAACUGUGGUGCCAGAGAUUUUUUCCUUGAAAUAAAUUACUACAAGAUCUACUUUCUGUGAAUUGUACUAUGCCCAGCUGGCCACCAAAGUCAAAGGUCAAGGAGUCCUGCUUUAAAUUCCUAUCUUUAAUAAUUUGUUCUCUGAAACAAAAUUGUAGCCUCAGAAUAUCUGUGAUGAUUUACAUACUGAUGAGGUAACUGCCUUCUUAGCCAGUUUCUGCAUAAAUUACAACUUACCUAAAUUGAGUCUAGCCUUUUUGGCACAAGGAAAACCUUCAGAACAUGAUGUGAUGCAGCAGUAUCCACCGAACUUGACAAAUUAAUAGCAUCCCCUCACUGUUUUUUUAAUACAUCAGUCUCUAAAACACCUAUUCACAGAUGUAUGAGUAAUUCCUUUCUUCAGAAACUGAUAGCUACCAGGCUAGCUUCUAAGGCUUCUUUUCACAUCCCCUAAUAGAGGGGAUAUAACAGAUGAAGCCUAUCAAGGUCCUGGGCGGAACUAUCACAUGAAAGCCAGGUCCCCAUGGUUGUCUAAAUCACACAAGGAGCAGGGAAUAGUAUAGGAUUGGGAAGGCACAAAGAUGAUUUAAAACCAUUCCCUCGACCCUUUCUCAUCUGGGGUAUCAGACUCUGUUCUAGACCUUUUGGAGGCUGUCCACAGACUGAAUUCUUCAAAAAUAUUUGCUCUCAGGUAACUUACAGGCAAGCCUGUAGAGAUAAAACACACCAUCCAUCCUGUAGGAGUGAAUUAUGCAAUCAUCUCACUAAGGUUUUAAAUCUGAGACUUGAUAGCAGCAAUGUCUUGUUUCCUUCUGUAUCAUUCCAGCAAACAUAUCUUGUUUUCUUCUGUAUCAUUGUGAAAAUAUGGAAGAAGUGAAGAGGGUGUCCAUGGUAUGUCUUUGGACUUAAUACUCUUCAAUGGAUCUCUCUGUGAACUGUCAAGAAAAUGUUUCAUUAAAGCAGAUUAAAAAAAAAAAAAAAAAA